AGGCCUCUACAUUUCGUGUUCGAUAUAAACGAGAAGGAAGGCUUCAAGUUCCGCCAAAUUCAGCGGCGGUUUCUUCAACCACCGCAUUCUCUAACCCUAACCUCCAAGCUUAAUCUUCCACAACCCUCCACCCAAUUCUCACCUCCUCUUUCUCUCUCGAUCAUUGUUUCUAUCUCUUCUGUUUUUUUUUUUUUUUUUUCUCUCUCUCUGCAAUGGCUCAGGUGGUGGCGACUCGCGCGAUUCAGAGCUCGAUUCUGUGCCCUAGCUCUGGAUCCGUGCAUGAGCGAUUUGAGAAGCUGAAGCCCUCCGGUUUCGCUGCGAAAGUGUUGGCUCGCGAAGAGCGGAGGAGCCGGAGAGUGGCUUGGAGGGGCGGUCCGAUUGCGGCGGCGAAGAGAUCUGUGCGAGCUGAGACGGAGGUUGUUCCGGUCACACCAGAGGAUGCGAAGGGAGAGGAGCAAUAUCAUCUUUUACGGGGAAUUCAACAGCUUGGUGAGACAUCUGUUGGUAUGUGGUCUAAGCCAACGGUUAGACGCAAGACAAAGAUUGUUUGCACAAUUGGUCCAUCCACCAACACACGGGAAAUGAUAUGGAAGCUGGCUGAGGCUGGAAUGAAUGUAGCCCGCCUGAAUAUGUCUCAUGGAGAUCAUGCAUCUCAUCAGAAGGUUAUUGAUUUGGUAAAAGAGUAUAAUGCACAAUCCAAAGAUAAUGUCAUUGCAAUCAUGCUUGAUACCAAGGGCCCUGAGGUCAGGAGUGGGGACUUGCCCCAGCCAAUCAUGUUAAAAAGUGGGCAGGAAUUCACCUUCACAAUUCAAAGAGGCGUUGGGACAGCAGAUUGUGUUAGUGUUAACUAUGAUGAUUUUGUCAAUGAUGUAGAAAUGGGCGACAUGCUUCUCGUGGAUGGUGGUAUGAUGUCAUUAAUGGUCAAGUCCAAGACUGGAGAUUCAGUGAAAUGUGAAGUUGUUGAUGGAGGAGAGCUCAAGUCUAGAAGGCAUCUAAAUGUUCGAGGAAAAAGUGCAACACUGCCAUCAAUUACUGAAAAGGACUGGGAUGAUAUCAAGUUUGGUGUUGACAAUAAAGUGGACUUUUAUGCAGUCUCCUUUGUUAAAGAUGCAAAAGUAGUCCAUGAAUUGAAGAACUAUCUGAAAAGCUGUAAUGCAGAUAUCCAUGUCAUUGUUAAAAUUGAAAGUGCCGACUCCAUUCCCAAUCUACAUUCAAUUAUUACCGCAUCUGAUGGGGCAAUGGUUGCUAGAGGGGAUCUUGGUGCCGAGCUUCCUAUUGAGGAGGUCCCAUUGCUACAGGAAGAGAUAAUCAGGAUAUGUCGUAGCAUGGGAAAAGCUGUUAUUGUAGCAACCAAUAUGCUGGAAAGCAUGAUUGUUCACCCAACACCAACCCGAGCAGAGGUAUCAGACAUUGCCAUUGCCGUCCGAGAGGGUGCUGAUGCAGUUAUGCUUUCUGGAGAAACUGCUCAUGGAAAGUUUCCCUUGAAAGCUGUGAAAGUCAUGCAUACAGUUUCCUUAAGAACUGAAGCAACCUUGGUUGGUAGCCCAAUGCCACCAAAUCUUGGUCAGGCUUUCAAGAACCAUAUGAGCGAAAUGUUUGCUUUCCAUGCAACCAUGAUGUCCAAUACUCUCGGUACUUCAAUAGUUGUUUUCACUAGAACUGGUUUCAUGGCUAUCCUUCUGAGCCAUUAUCGACCUUCUGGCACCAUAUUUGCCUUUACAAAUGAGGAGAGAGUACAACAGAGACUAGCCGUGUACCAAGGGGUAUGUCCCAUAUACAUGGAGUUCUCAGAUGAUGCCGAAGAAACCUUUGCAAAUGCCUUGACUUUGUUGCAGAAGCAAGGGAUGGUGAAGGAAGGAGAAGAGGUGGCUCUUGUUCAGAGUGGCCGGCAGCCGAUCUGGCGGUUCCAAUCCACACACAAUAUCCAGGUCAGGAAAGUUUAAGACAGUAAAAAGAAUGGAGAACUGCAUAGCAGCUGGGGCCGAAUAAUUUAAAACAGCUAGAGAAAUUAGUUUUGGUGGCUUCAGAUGUUGGAUUGGCAUGGCUUUGGCUCACUCGGACAUUUACCCUACUCUUGCCCAAGCAGACUUUCAAUUCUCCAUUCAGUUAUCUCAUCCUUUUUUGUUUCAUUAUGGCGGUUAAAUGUUGUAGCAUGCUGCUUUAGUUGGAGUCCUUUGAAAACCUUGCUGGUGCACCCUUCUAUUUGUGUGCGGUAGUAAGAUUUAUCCUGGUGUGUAGUAAUAGUAUAAAUCUUUUUAGUGAUGCUUUUCAAUUAUAUAAUGGAGGUAGGUGGAGAUUGAAGAAGAA